CCAUACUGUUGAGACGACACUGCUGUUCCAUCUGAAGGCAUCAUGAAGCUGUGCAUCACCUUCACCCUCUGCGCUCUACUUUACCUCACAGGUCCUACUUUGGGACAUUUGAAGGAUUUAACCCCAGAACAGCAGUGUCAGAACCUUAACCCCGAUGACUGCAACAUUUACAACCCAAUUUGUGGAGAUGGCGUCACCUACAGCCAUAUGUGUGAUCUCUGCAAGACCAGAAAAAGAUCAGGCCACCGUAUUCCGAUCGCCCAUGCCGGGCCAUGUCCACGGGGCUGAGAGCUGAGCUGCAGCACACCCUGCUGGUCAGGCCAGGAGGAG